ACAAAAUUGACACCGAACGGUGAGGUAGGCUCUUUUUCUGUUUUCAGUCCAUAUUUAUGGUGAAAAUUCGGCGAAUUUUGUGAUAAUUUGAAGCAGAUUACACUACUUUGAUGCCUAGAUUUUACUAAGGGCAGCGUAUAGCAGAGGGCUGUAUCAGCGCAGUGUUACAACAGCGAUGGUAAUGGAGGCGUCCCCGUCCCCGCAGAGCGUCGGCCGCGAGUUUGUCCGCCAGUACUACACGCUGCUCAACAAGGCGCCCGCCCAUCUGCACAGGUUCUACAACAACUACUCGUCGUUCGUGCACGGCGGGCUCGACGCGCCCAACCGGGAGACGCUGCCGGUGGUCGGCCAGAAGCAGAUCCACAACCGCAUCCAGCAGCUCAACUUCCGCGACUGCCAUGCUAAGAUCAGCCAGGUGGACGCGCAGGCGACGCUGGGCAACGGCGUGGUGGUGCAGGUGACGGGCGAGCUGUCCAACGGCGGGGCACCCAUGCGGCGGUUCACGCAGACCUUCGUGCUGGCCGCGCAGUCGCCCAAGAAGUACUACGUGCACAACGACAUCUUCCGCUACCAGGACAUAGUGUUCUCGGACGACUCGGGCUCGGGCUCCGGGCGCUCGGAGGCGGAGGACGAGGAGGCGCCCGGCGGCUACUUCCCCGGCGCCGCCUUCCCCGCGCCCUUCCCCGCGCCGCCGCCGCCGCCCGCCGCGCUGGCGCCGGCCGCGCUGGCGCCCGCCGCCCUGGCGCCCGUCAACGGCGUGGCGCCGCCCGCCAGCCCGCCCGCCAGCGACGCGCGCCACCUCGCGCUGCAAGCGAGUGGUCUGGCCUGCGGCACUGCGGAGCGCGAACAACGCGAUCAACGAGAUCAACGCGAGCAACGCGAUCAACGAGAUCAACGUGACCAGCGCGAGGUGGAGCCGGAGCCGGCCGCGGGCGAGCCAGCGCCGGAGCCCGAGCCGCCGCGCGAGCCCACGCCGCCGCCCGCGGCCCCGGUCCCGGCGCCGGAGCCCAAGACGUACGCCAACCUGCUGAAGUCGGGCGCCGCGGCGCGCGUGUCGCCGCCCGCCGCCCCCGCGCCCACCCCCGCCCCGGCCCCCGCGCCCGCCCCCGCCGCGCCCGCCGCGCACGAGCCGCGCCCGCGCCCCCCGCGCCCGCCGCGCGACCUGCAGCCGCCGCCCGCGGAGGGCGGAGGCGCGCGGCGCUACUCGGACGCCCAGCAGCUGUUCCUGGGCAACCUGCCGCACUCGGCCACGGAGGAGGCGCUGCGGGCGCUGUUCGCGCGCUUCGGGCCCGUGGCCGAGCUGCGCGUGCACUCCAAGCCCGCCGCGCCGGGCGCGCCCCGGCACCCCAACUACGGCUUCAUCACCUACGAGACCUCGCAGGCCGCGCACGACUGCCUCAAUGCCGCGCCGCUGUACUUCCCGCCGGACAGCGCGGACGGCGUGAAGCUGAACGUGGAGGAGAAGAAGGCCCGCGGGCGCCUGGAGCCGCCGCGGCGCCGCCCGCUGUCGUCGCACCGCGCGCAGCCGCACCCCGCGCACCCCGCGCACGCCCCGCACCCGCAGCACCCGCCCCGCGCCGGCGCCUACCGCCGCUAGCGCCCGCCGCGCCCGCCCCCGACCCCCCGCAACACGCUUCGCAUGUCGCUUCUCUUCUUUCGUUUAAGUAGUUAGAUAGUAAAUUAAUAAUACCCCGAGCGUCGCCGCGCGGCCGGCGCCCGCGUCGGCCCGACCCGCGAUCGACGUUCGUAUUCGAGUCGUCCCGAAUCCUCUAAAUUCUAGAUUAGUGUCCGUCUUUUCCCGCUUUAGAGUGGCGCCGCGUCGGGCGAAGAGUUCCCCGGGUGGGACGCGGGCGUGCGGUGGCACGCAACCGUACGCUGAUAUUUAUCGCGCUAGCUGACGGUUUUGUCCUAUUUAUUUAGAAUUUCCGUGCGCCCCUAAUUUUAUGUAUACGUACCGGUCCUAUGAGAAUGAAAGUGUGCACCGCCUCCGAGCUGGCGCUCGCCCGGGUCGACGUUCGUAGCAUCUCUUACGCAUUACGUCGACCUUCCCGCCUCCAAAUCCCUCGUCGCGCUGAUUGUUCGUCGUCAGUCGACGGACUAUGUAGCUCCUCGCCACCCUACGGUUUCAAAUUCUAGUGAGCGACGCCCUAUAGUCAUUACCGAUCGCUUUACUCGCGCAUUCUGCGCCAGUCUCCUGCUCCGCACAGGAUUGACGAUGUCAUACGUUUGUCGCCGAUGAUAUUUGUCGAAUUUCUUAUACAUAUGUAUUUUAUUUUAGUAGUCACGUGAUGCGAGUCUCGCGUCCUCACAAUAACACGAAAUAGAACUGAACUCUACGAGUGUAAAUAGUGAUACCGUCACCGUCACCGCGGCGUCCCGCGACCGCGGUGAAACUGACUUAAGCAUUAGCUCCGAAAUAUUUCCACAUUAUAAAUAAAAUAACGUAUUUUGUAUUUAAAAAAAUGUAUGUUAUGUAUCGGUUCGCAAAUAACGAUAUUGAUGCAAAGUCUUAUGCAUUUACUUAGGUCUGUAUGGAGUAAUUAUGUCCGGGUGCCGGCGAGCGGCCGCCGGCGGCCCGCCGCCCGCCGCCCGCCGGCAUCGCAAACGAUUCGUUUGAAACUUGUAUUAUACAUUCAUAUUCUAAAUAAAACUGACAAGCAAAUUGGCAGUGACUAGAUUUUUGUAUUAAGUUUUCGUCGGUUGUUUAUAUUGUCCUCCCAUUUUUUAAUAAAUAUAUUCUCAUUUAAGUACUAUAUAUAUAGUUACGAAUAACGUUCAGAGUUUGGGUAAUGAAUUGUAUUAGCACGUGAGCACACGGUGCGCCGCCCGCGGGCGCGGCGCUCAUAGCGUAGAGGUUGCUAAGGUGGCUCGUGUAGGGUCUGGCCCAAUUACGUUUCAAUUGUAUUCAAAACAAACCAUGACAAUCAUAUUAUCCGUGCAUACUAAGUUACCAGCAGCAGCGUCACGGCAAGGUGGCGCACCGUGUAAGCACACGCCCGCCAUUUCGCAAAAUUUCGUGUACUUAUUUAUUGUAAAUAAUAACUAUUGGAGUCUCGUAGUACUGUAAAGGACAGACAUCGGGUGUGGCCCCGCGCCCGCCUGCGCCGGCCCGCCCGCCUGCAGGGUUGCACAGAACACCCUUUUGAUUAGUUCGCGCGUAGAUAAUAUUUACAUGUCAUAGACUCGCUAAACUUAGACUAAUUUAUGAUUUGUGUGAUCCUGUACGAGCGGCGAGCGAAGCCGAUGUCGGUCCAUGAGCGGGCAGGCCCACUCUAAAAUAUCUCUGUUAACAAAGUUCAGACCCCAUCCGCAACCGAAAGCAAUAUUUAGAUGUUACGCAUAAUGUAAGUAUAUCUAUCACUUCCACGUGUUUACCUACAGUUCCAUGAAAUUAUUUUAUAUAUUAUGGGGUCUUAAAUUUGUGCUAAAGUGUAUUUUUUUUUUCGAUAAAAUUUGUCAAGUGCAGUUUGUGUAGUUAACAACAGACCCGCCGAGUCGCCCGCGCGUCUCGUAAGCUGGGCCGUCGUGUACUUGAGAGGAACAAAGUUUCACAGUGGCUCUGCCUGCAGACAUAUAUAUAUACAGGGAUGAUAUUAAUGAUGUGAUACUCACAUGUACUAAAGACGGCACCCAAGAGAGCGACACGCGCUGGCGGCGCGGCAUCACCAACUGCCCUCUGUAAUAGAGAUGUACUUUUUGUAACAA